GUAGAAAUUCUUUAUAAACGUUCUAUAAUUAUAAAAGUUAACAAAAAUGACAUCAAAAGAUAACAUCGAAGUUAACGAAAAAGUCAACUCGGAAAGUGAGCAGCCUCGUAGCGAUAAAAGAAAAAACUAUAUAGAUUGGGAGGAUUAUUUUAUGGCUCUGGCCUUUUUAAGUGCGAAACGUAGCAAAGAUCCUCGUACUCAAGUUGGUGCAUGUAUAGUGAAUGAAGAGAAGCAAGUUAUAAGUAUUGGAUAUAAUGGAAUGCCCAAUGGUUGUAGCGAUGAUGUUUUUCCUUGGUCCAAAGAGUCUGUUGAUCCAUUGGAAACAAAGAAUUUAUAUGUAUGUCAUGCAGAGGUUAAUGCUAUUUUAAAUAAGGGUUCUAAAGACGUUAAAAAUUGUACCAUAUACAUUUCUCUAUUUCCAUGUAAUGAAUGUGCUAAAGUAAUAAUACAAUCUGGAAUAAGAACAGUUAAAUAUGUGUCAGAUAAAUAUGCAAAAAAGAAGAAAAUUCAAGCUGCAAAAAGAAUGUUCGAUGCUGCAGGCAUUACAUACAGCAAAUAUGUUCCUAAGCACAAAAAGUUAAUUAUUGAUUUUGGUGAGAUCGACUCUACUGAAGAUAAGGAAAUAAAUAUUGAAAAUGGAACUAGUUGAAUAAAAAUAAUGUAAUUAAGAUGACAAUGUCUGUAAUGAAAAGCUUUCCAGUGUAUAUAUUCAUGAUUUAUUUCAUUUUUUAAUGACAUUUUGUAGGUUUAAAUCCGUAAUUAAUAUUAAUUCUUUAACAUAAACAUGAAUUACAGUUUUACUGAAUAUUCAUUUACUAAAAGACUGAUUACCAUUAUUUACAUGCAAAACUAAAUUAGGUACAGAUGGGAAAUAGGAAUACCCCUUAUUUUAAAUUUUUACAGGUCUAUUUGUAGUUUUAACAUUAUCCAUAUAAUAAUAUUAUGGAAAAUAAAUAAAACAAUGUACAGAAUGUGAAAGAAUUUAGCAAUAAUACAAAGAUACUAUGCUAUCAUCAAGAUGUAAUAUUAUUUGCAACAGUAUUGCAAACGAUGUACUGUACAAAUGUAAAUAGUAGUACGAUCAAAUAUGGCAUGGUAGAAACAUGUAACAAGUGUGUAUCAUUUCCAUGAUAAAAUAAUAUUUCAAUAUCAUUUUUUACAAAACGACUGAAGGAGAGGUGAUUGUUGAUACGUGAUAUAAUAUUUUCAUGUUGACUUGUUAUUAAUGUAACAACAAACAGGAAUUGAACACAGAGUUUUGAUGCAUACGAUAAUGAUACGUUUAUAUACAUACUAUACAUAUCCAUGUUCAUGUCUUUAAAAUAUUACUUCACGUUUGUAAAUACCGCUAUAAUGGAGAAAAGUUACAUAAAGAAAGUAAUUACACGUGAUGAUUGAAUUCAUCAUAUAGAAAAAUAUUUAAUAUUGUAAAAAUGUAUGGGUAUUUUAUAUAUAAACACAGAUAUUAACAUUUGUAAAAAGCGUACGUGGUUGUAUAAAUGUUAUCUUUUAAUACCAUAAAAUUUGGGCAAUUUUUGCACAAAUCACGAACUAUUCAAUUUGUAAAAAGCGAUUGCAGAAAAUAUAAUAACAGGUUAUUGCAAAUGGCAGUAUAUUACUAAUACAA